AAAAUUGAAUAAUUAAUACUUCUUAACAAAAAGUAAAAGUUUAAAGUAUACAGAAAUUUCAGGCAUAGUUCACUCUAUUAUAAUCCAAAAUUAGAAAUACCACACCUCCCAUAAAGUUUAAGAUAUUUGCAAAAAACUGAAGUAGAUAAUCCGAAAUCGAGGAUAAUCCACUUUAAUGAAACAGACCGAAUGCUUUUUUGAAUUUUGUAACAUAAAUCCUGUAGAAAAACAAACUGAGACUUUUCAGUGCCACAAAAAAGAAAUCUAUUAUUUGUUUUUGUUCCUAGUCUCAUCCUAUGAUACUUAUACACGUUUGGAUAUUGAUGUAACUAGGAAAAGAAGAUUCAGGCACGUUUAAAACUUUUUUAAAAGAAAAACUAUUUUUAAGAUUCAUCUUCCCUUGACCACACAUCUGCUUUCAGUUGCAUCAACAUUAAACACUUAAACAUGUGCUAAAAUAUUCCGCCUCCAAAAAAUGCCAGAUAUUUUUUUCACCAUUUGUUUAAGAAAAUCUUUGAAUUGAAGGUUUACUUGUUUAAUUCAGGUGGGAAAGGAAGAUACUAAUAAAAGGUUUUCCAAAAAUUCUAUUGCUCUAUUUCAAAAAAGGAUGUUAUUUCCGAAUGAAAAUGAAUGGUCCCAAAGUAUGUUUUUCAAAUGAAAAAUCAAAAGAUUGUACAAACCUGUACUUAUAUGAAAUUCGCAAAAUUUCAACAAUCUCUACUGAAGAAAAGGAAAUUGCACGUUUUCUCAGAAAAAUCAUCAAAUUCUCAAAGAAAAGCAAAUCAUUUUCAUGCAAAAACCUCUUCAUCACUUCCAUGACACUUUGUCAAUUCUGCUAAACUUUUGGAAUAUCAUUUUUCUUCUUUUGAAUUCGAAGACUUCCAUUUAAAAGUUUAUAUCAUAAUUAUUAUGCUCAUUGAAGUUUGAGAUAAGAUAAGUACUAUCUUAAAGUUUUUUUUAAAUGAAAUUUAAGGUGUUGACUCUAAUAUAACACAAUGUUUAAAAUCUCGUCUGUCGAACCAUUUUUCUACAACCUUACUAAGUAUAAUCCGCGCCAAAUUUGGUUACAAUAGAAAUAAACACUAGCGUUAUUUAUCUUUGUUUGCACUUCUUCAUGACACUGACAUCAUUUAAAGUUCUGCAACUUCACCAAGUACUUGAAUUUCAAGUGUCAAUUACUCUUGAAAAUUGAAAAUCGAUGUCAAAAUUUGUUUACAUAUUGCGCGCCAACUGUAAAUGACGCAUAAAGUUUCAUUACUAACUUUGAAAAGAGCUCGCGAGAGAAAUACAAAAAUAUACUCAGUACUUAGUUCCUUUCAUUCUUUUUUCUCUCUUCUUACUGUGUGGAUUGCUUUUUAUUUUCUCGUCAGAGAUAUUUUUACAUUUUCAAAAUAAAGAAAAAUUAUGAUUUUUAUAAAACAGACUUUCACCUUAUUACUUAGUUUAGUUUUAGUUUUUCAAAUAAGUUGUGUUCCUAUUAGUGAUUAUAAUGAAGUAUUUGAAUACCUACAAAACUUUGGAUAUUUAUCGAAUGAUGAGAAAUUGUCAUUAAAUCAUAUUGUUGACAAUCAUAAAAGUGUAAAACAUGACAAUCGGCUCAGGAGAGCAUUGAAAAACUUACAAAGAAAUGGAAAUAUACCGAUAACAGGAAAGUAUGAUAAAAAUACUGCAAAUUUGAUGGAGACGCCUCGUUGUGGAGUGUCUGAUAAGAACAUCAUUGGAAAGCGUCAUAAGAGAUACACUUUAAUGUCUACUAAAUGGCAAAAUACUGAUCUUACUUAUAGAUUUGAUCAUAAAGGCAACCAAAGAUUCAUGGAUAAUGAAGAGGAUAUCAAACGAAUCAUUAGAGAAGCAUUUAAUGUUUGGGAGAAAGACACGAUAAUGAAAUUUAACGAAAUUGAAGAUGAAAUUGCCGACAUUAUGAUUUCAUUUGAGAAACCAAAACAUACAGACGUUGAUCCUUAUAUUUUUGGAUCAAGCACAUUAGCACAUGCAUUUCAACCAGGACGUGGCAUUGCUGGUGAUGCACAUUUUAAUGAAUUAAUAAAUUGGGAUUUCAAAGUAAGCUACGCUAGUAAACCAGAAGAUGGAAAAGUUAGCUUCUUUGGUGUUGCUUUGCAUGAACUUGGACAUAGUUUAGGUCUAGGACAUACUCGUGUUGAGGAAGCUGUCAUGUAUGAAUUCUAUUCAAGAAGCACAUCGACUUUAGCUGAAGAUGAUAUUCGUGGCAUGCAGCAUAUUUACGGAGUUCCACCAAAUAGAAAAUACAAACCAGAUAGUAAACCAAUUGAUGAUGAAGAAGAGAUGCCAGUUUGGGGUCAAACGCCAUUACUUCCACACAAAUGCAACUCAAGUUAUGAUGCAAUUGCAAUGAUUGAUGAUGAAUUGAUUGCAUUCAGGAAGCAAUACAUGUUUGGGCCAAAUAUGGACACAGUUGAAAUUCGAUCUCGUUGGCGUGGCUUAUCACCAAGAUUAACUCAUGUUGAUGCUGUUUUUGAAACAUCCGAUAAAAAAGUUCUGUUCUUUGUUAAUCAGGGUGUAUACUCCUUUACUGGAACUAAGCUAGAAAAAACUUAUAAGCUGAGUGAUCUUGGGAUUGAUUCCAGUGCACUUAAAAUUGACGCAAUUUUCAGAAAAGAUGAUACAAAUCAAGUAUUUAUCUUUGUUGAAAACUAUUACUAUAAAUUUGAUGAGCAUAAAAUGAUGGUAUCUGAUGCAAAAUAUAGAAUUUCCCAAACCUUUAGAGAUGUUUAUGAUGUUGAUACUGGAUUUACAUAUAAAAAUGGAAUCACAUAUUUCUUCAAAUAUGGAAGCUAUUACGAAUUUUAUAAUAAACUUUGGCGCAUGAAUAGAAUGAAACCUGGAUCAUCAGCAAGUUUCUUCAUGAAUUGUAUCGACGCUUCAAUUGGAGUUGAUUUUGCAGUUCGUGUUAGCAUUGAUGAAACUGAAGAUAUCAGUAAAGAAAGCACAACUAAAAUAUUAGAUUAUAUUGAUGAAGGUGAAAAAGAAGAUCUAACAGAAUUAGAUUGCAACAAUCCUGAGCUAGCUGUUCCUUGUGAAAAAGAUAGUGCUGACAGUAUUAAAAGCUUCUCAUUUAUAGCUGCAGUAUUAAUUGUAACUCACUUCUUUGUUUAAAU